GAAAUACCUUGUCACAAGCAGUGAUAUAGGGACCAACACUUACCGUCUAUCACAUUAGAAUGUCUCUUCAUAGAAUUAUACUGCCUCUCACAGUCAUUCUGCUGGGUACAUGUCACUCUGAAAACAACUGUAGUUACAAUGAUGUACUACAGAUUGUAAAAAAACUCCCAAGUUCUGAUGUGCGGCCAGUGAAGAACUGGAAAACUCCUACCCGUGUCUUUAUAGACCUGUCCUUGUAUAGAGUCAUCAGUUUGGAUACCAGCUUGGAGACUUUGACUACAUAUAUCUGGUUCACCAUGGAAUGGAACAACGAGUUCUUACACUGGAACCCAGAUGACUUUUGUGGCAUUGAGAAAAUGUUAAUUCCUAACAAAAAUUUUUGGUUGCCCGACCUCUACAUCUAUGAAACGAUAGAAUCUCAUAGCAAUGGAUCAGAAAUGCAAUAUUUAGAUGUUUCCAGCAAUGGCACAAUAACAAAUUCAAAGCCACUAAGAAUUGUUAGCAGCUGCAACCUAGACAUCACAAAGUUUCCCUUUGAUGUCCAGAAGUGUACAUUGAGCUUUGGUCCUUACAUUCAUUCAGUUGUGGAUAUCAUUAUGGUGACAAAACUCAAUUCUACCCAAGUCUUUCAAAAUUCAAAGGACAUUUUUAUCAGCAAAGGAGAUUGGUACUUGCUGGACAUUACUGUAUUAAAUACAAAUUUCACAACUAAAAAUGGGCUUUACAGCGAAAUUGUAUAUGAGAUAUCCAUUAAAAGAGCCUCUGUAAUUUACGUUGUCAAUCUCAUCAUCCCAGUAUGUUUCCUGGUUCUACUAGACAUUGCUAGCAUGUUUAUUCACAUUGAAACUGGAGAAAGACUUGGCUUCAAAAUAGCAGUGGUGUUGGGGUUCUCUGUACUUCUGCUCAUUCUGAAUGAAAUGCUCCCUGCUUCUGACACUCUUCCAGUUCUUGGUAUUUUCUGCUGUGUGUGCCUUGCAGUUAUGGUAACCAGUACAAUCGGAUGUAUUGUAACGUUCCAUAUGUUCAUGUUAUCUGAAAGCCAACCAAAUCUGCCCCCUUGGGUAAAAAUCUGGAUCAAUAAACAUCUAGCACGUGUCCUGUUCUUCAAAGUGAAAACGACUCAACAAGUUGAGCUAGUUUCUGCAGAAAAAGGUAAUAGAGUUCACAAGAAUACUGAGAUAUGUAUGACAAUUGAGGUGAGGAAAACCAAAACACAAACAGACGCAGAACUUUCUGUGGAAGUGAAGCUGUUAAAGAGAUUAUUGGUAGAAGUCCUCAACAUCCGCAAGGAAAUUACACAUGUAAUGGAUCAGGAUGGUACCGAGUCAGAUUGGCACUUUGCUUCAAAGGUUGUGGACCGGCUGUUCCUUAUAUUUUACUUGCUCUUUGUGAUAACUAUGCUUGCAGUUGUUAUAAAAGUCUGGGUAACAUAAAGGACAUUAAAGGACAAAGCAAUAUUUAUGUUUUACUUGUGAAGCUAUCAUGGGAUUAUGGAUUUACAGUAUCUAUAUUGUAAAUAUAACUGUUUAGCCAUUAAUCCCUGCAUUCACAAAUCAAAUAAUGUAAUAAUAAAUAAUGUAAUAGUAAAAUGUGCAACAGUACAAUGUUUUAAAUAUGCAUUUUAAGGUUUUGUAUUUCUAUAAAGAGUGGAAGAGUACCCCUUCCCUGGUGGAAUGUGUAUACUGUUGGAUUAAUACCAUCUGUAAAGCCUGGUCUGUUUACCUGGAAUACUAUUACUGUUAAACUGGAACAAUGUUUAUCUAUAUAUAGGUAGCUGUUGCCUGGCCAAAUGCGAGAUGGCAUCCAGGAGUUUGCUGACAGCUGACAUCAUGGCACCUCAUGCCAAAGAUGAGGGGAAAAUGAAGGUUAUAUAAAUUAAGGUGUGAGGGGGAGGGAAGAUAGAGAGAAGAGUUGAUUGAUCGGGCGUUAAAAUCAUUAAACAAGGGCUGUGUGACCGACAAUGAUGAAACAUUCCAGUGAUCUUUCGUGCAGCUUUGACUUCACAAUCAUGGAGAUCAAGUGUUAGAGAUGGGACUGCUGGUCCAUUAGGCAGGAUCAGUGCUCAGCUACAGGCAUCGGGUUCUCCCAACCAGAGUGCUGACCUGAAUGUUAACUUGAGAGAAAAACAAAGCAAAGGCCUUGCAACGUGAAAUGCAGAGGACAGCCAGGCAGCAGCUCCAAAGCAAGUACUGUUAAUCACAUCAAGUUUGUGACUUACUGUAAUCUGUGGAGUCACUUGCCACAACACUUAUCCUCACCAGUGGGUGAAGACUUAUACUUACUGUUGCAUUUGUUCAGUACAGAGAAGUGGCUUAGAUCUACUAAGUAUGUGGACUUUACUUACUCACAACCUUACAAGGGAUGCCUUCCACUGGGGCCUGAGCCCUAGCCAAACUGCUAUGGUAGUGGUGAUCUGCCCAGGAUACAUUCUUCUUAUUGUUAAUGUGAAAGCCAAAUCUUUAUGUAAUUGUUGGAUGUUUCAAAUGAGGAAAAUGCUCACAAAUCUUAGUACAAUAAAGAGUUUUA